AUGUCCUCUACUUCGAAUACUCAUAAUAAGAAGUGCUUUUGUAAUGAAUACAAAAAUAACCAAGAAGGUUACAGUCUAGUUCAAAGACAAACUGCUCAAUGCCAUAACAAAAGAGCAAGAUAUGAAGCCUUCGAAAGAAAUACAUCUGUUCAAAGCAGCUCGAUGGAAGUUGAUAUUGAAACUUUUCUGUUCCAGGAAACAGGCCCCUCAAAAAUAUUGGUCGGUCAGACCAACUCACCUUUUUGGGAAGCCAAUAUUAUGUCUGACAAUGAUGACAUGACUAUUGACAAUGAGGUUAUUGACAAUGCUGAUUAUGACAAUAACACAGACAACAACAAAGAAAAAAGCAAAGAGGUUGAAGAGGUUGAAAAGGUUGAAGAUAAUGUUGAAAUUGAGGUCGAAGAAUUUAAUAAUGAAGACCCUUUUGCCACCCCCAAUAUGUCUGAGAACCUAGUGCACAGGUUUAUUGCUACUUUUGUGAUAAUGUUUGCUUCCCGCUAUGUGGUCAACAAGGGUGCUGUUGUCUUGAUCGAGUUCAUUAACAAGCUCUUAACGAUUUACAAGCAAGAUUUCCAAUUGCCCUUGAGCCUUCCUGGUCUCCAACGCAUGACAGGUUUCUCUACCAUGAACAAAGGCGUUCAGAGAUUCCUUAUGUGUCAGGACUGCCACAAGGUGUAUGAGGAAAGUGCAUUGGCUCCUUCCCAUUGUGACUUCAUAAAGCUUGGUGUGGUAUUUCAGUUUCUUAAGGCUUUCUUCCUUUACUAUAUUUGGUUAUUAGAGUGUAUUUACUGCUUAACUAGUGUUGGUGUUACAAUUAUGACAUCAAGUCAUAAAUCAGCUUUAGGACUUCCUACUAAAUUAGCUCCAUAUCGAUCUGACACAGUUUACCCGGCAUUGUAUCGUCUUGGAUACUUUGAUCUAGUAUGUGGAACGAUCAUUGAUCCCAUGCAUAAUCUUUUCCUGGGAACGGCAAAAAGAAUGAUUGAAAAAUGGAUCAAAGAAAAUGACAUAUCACCAGCGGAUUUGGCCACAAUGCAAAAGAUGUCAGAAUCAAUGGCGCUGCCAGCCAAUUACACAAUUUUGAGAUCCAAAAUUGGAAAGGGUUUCUUGUACAUGAAAGCAGACGAAUGGAAAUCCUGA